AUGCCUGAAGCCGUCGCGAUGCCCCAGAAGCGGGUUCUGGGCGAUGCUUCGAAUAACUCUCGCAGUGCCUUGAAAUCCCCCAACUCUUUGAAAAAGCGACGACUCGACGCAGAACAAAAUGUUAAAUUCAGCACACCAUCCCAAAAUGGCCCGCGAAAACCCUUUGGCUCAACCCAACCGCAGAAGAGCCAGUUUGAAGAGGAGGUUCUGGAAAAGUUGACACAGGAUAUCAGUGGCUUGAAGGACAGCAACUCAGAAAAGGAUCAGCAAUGGGAGCGACCACCACUAGGCGAAUUCGACGAGACAAAGGAGAACAUCUGCUUCCAACAGAUUGAUGCGGAAGAAGGAACAUUGAUGGGCGGCAAGACUGCUGUUCGGCUUUUUGGUGUCACAGAGGCCGGACAAUCUGUCUUACUGCAUGUCACCGGGUUUCAACAUUAUCUCUACAUCGCGGCGCCUGUCGGUUUUACAAAGGAGGACUGCGACCCCUACCGAGCGUUUUUGGAAACCAAGCUUGGUAAUUUCGUACCCACCAUCCAGUCGGUCGAAAUAACAAUGAGAGAAAAUAUAUACGGCUUCCAAGGAAACCAAAAGACUUACUACUUGAAGAUCACCGUGACAGAGCCCAAGCACAUCACCAAGUUGCGCAGUGCACUCGAAAACACCCCCCAGAGUGUCAACUACAAGGGUCUGUGGAGCAAGUCUGAUGCCGGAAUUCUCACAUUUGACAACAUUCAAUAUCUUUUGAGGUUCAUGAUCGACACGAGUAUCUCGGGAAUGGCUUGGGUGGAGGCAAAGGCUGGCAAGUAUCGCCUUCUUCCAGCACGGGAAAAGAUGUCGAACUGCCAACUUGAAGCAAGCGUCGACUAUCGGGACCUUAUUGCCCAUCCGCCUAAUGGAGAGUGGGCCAAGAUGGCACCACUUCGCAUCCUCUCCUUUGAUAUUGAGUGCGCCGGAAGAAAGGGCAUUUUCCCCGAACCCAACCAUGACCCAGUUAUCCAGAUCGCCAAUGUCGUGACUCGCUACGGAGAGUCCAAGCCAUUUGUUCGAAAUGUAUUUGUCUUGGAUACAUGCAGCUUGAUUGUCAAUACACAGAUUCUGGAAUUUGAGAAAGAGGAGAAGAUGCUCAUGGCAUGGCGCGAUUUUGUCGAAAAGGUGGAUCCCGAUGUGAUUAUCGGAUAUAACAUUGCCAACUUCGAUUUCCCAUACCUAUUGGAUCGAGCACAGCAUCUCAAAUGUACCGGAUUCCCCUACUGGACAAGACUCAAGGGGAUCCAGUCGCAGGCGAAGAAAACGAACUUUUCCAGCAAGCAAAUGGGCAACCGUGACACAAAGACAACAAAUACAAAUGGAAGAAUCCAACUCGAUCUGCUUCAGUUGGUUCAGCGAGAUCAUCAUCUACGAAGUUACACGCUCAACUCUGUGUCCUAUGAGUUUUUAGGGGAACAGAAAGAAGACGUUCAUCACACAAUGAUUACCGAACUGUUCAACGGAACUCCAGACUCAAGGCGACGACUUGCAGUUUACUGUUUAAAGGACGCUUAUCUACCACAAAGACUGAUGGAUAAACUUAUGUGUCUAGUUAAUUACACUGAGAUGGCAAGAGUUACGGGUGUUCCCUUUAACUUCCUACUCUCACGAGGACAACAAGUCAAGUUCAUCAGUCAGCUAUUCCGCAAGGCUUUGGAGCAGCAGCUUGUCAUCCCGAAUGCAAAAAGCUCAGAUGAGCAGGAUUAUGAAGGUGCAACCGUUAUCGAGCCAACUCGAGGCUACUACGGUGUACCAAUUGCGACUCUCGAUUUCGCUUCCCUAUACCCUUCUAUUAUUCAGGCGCACAACUUGUGCUAUACUACCUUGCUCAAUAAGACUAGCGUCGAGAAGCUUGGUUUGAAAAAAGAUGAAGACUACAUCGUCACACCAAAUGGCGAUAUGUUCGCGACUGCGAAGGUCCGCAAAGGUCUUCUCUCACAGAUUUUGGAAGAAUUACUCACUGCACGAAAACGCGCAAAGAAGGAGCUGGCGGUUGAAACUGAUCCUUUUAAGCAGGCGGUUUUGAACGGACGACAGCUUGCUCUUAAGGUCAGUGCUAACAGUGUCUACGGUUUGACUGGCGCAACGGUCGGAAAACUGCCGUGUCUGCCUAUCGCAAGUAGUACGACUAGUUAUGGACGUCAAAUGAUCGAGAAGACAAAGCAAGAGGUGGAGGCGAGAUAUACGAUUGCAAAUGGUUAUUCUCAUGAUGCCAAGGUUAUUUACGGUGACACUGACUCCGUCAUGGUCAAGUUCGGUGUUAGUGAGCUGGAAGAAGCCAUGAAACUGGGACAGGAGGCAUCUGAAUACGUUUCAGCAAAAUUCCUCAAGCCCAUCAAACUUGAGUUCGAAAAAGUUUAUUUCCCAUAUCUUUUGAUCAACAAAAAGAGAUAUGCUGGUCUGUACUGGACGAACCCGAAAAAGUAUGACAAGAUGGACACCAAGGGUAUCGAAACUGUUCGUCGAGAUAACUGUCGUAUGGUUCAAAAUGUCAUUGAGACUGUGCUUCACAAGAUCUUGAUCGACAGAGAUAUCGAUGGUGCUCAAGAAUACGUCAAGGAAACUAUUUCGGAUCUUCUACAGAACAAGAUCGAUAUGUCGAAGCUCGUGAUUACCAAGGCACUUUCUAAAGACGACUAUACUGCUAAGCAGGCACACGUUGAGCUUGCUGAACGUAUGAGAAAGCGUGAUGCGGGUUCUGCCCCCACUCUUGGUGACCGUGUGGCCUAUGUCAUCGUGAAAGGCGCCGGUGGUUCUAAGAAUUAUGAAAAGUCUGAAGAUCCCAUCUUUGUUCUUGAAAACAAUAUUCCCAUCGACACCAAGUAUUAUCUUGACAACCAACUCGCAAACCCCCUCGGCCGUAUUUUCGAACCCAUUCUCGGAGAGAAGAAGGCAAACCAGUUACUUACUGGUGAACAUACGCGCUCCAUCUCUGUUGCAGCACCUACACUUGGAGGUCUCAUGAAGUUCGCCAAGAAAACCCAAACCUGCAUGGGCUGUAAAAAGCCACUUUCCGGCAAAGAGGAGAUGGCAGGGGCUGUAUGUGAGCACUGCCGCCCUCGUCUUGGUGAGCUGUAUACCAAGACUCUCACCAAGGUCUCCGACCUUGAGGUCCGCUUUGGUCGACUCUGGACUCAGUGCCAGAGGUGUCAAGGCAGUUUGCACUGCGAAGUCAUUUGCUCUUCCAGGGAUUGCCCUAUCUUCUACAUGCGCAUGAAGGCGAAGAAAGACGUGGAGGACUCGCAAAAGGAACUGUCUCGGUUCGACUUUGAUCCAGGUGCAUGGUAA